GCGGUUCUGGCGGCCAAUUUCUCAGGGUUAGGGUUAACAGGCUGCGGCUAGGUUCCCGAAAUUGUGGAGUCUUAAAGUACACUUGGCAGCCGAAAGACCUUGACGAACAGGCAAUAAGCACAUAAGCUUCAGCGCCCCAAACUGCAGCUGUAGCAUUUACGAAAGCAAGAAAUUAGAAGCGUCAGAACACACCUCUGGUCAUAAUGCCGUCCGACGAAAGCGGCAUCGCUGACUCCAGCGGAACUCUCACCUAUUCCGUUCCCCUUGAAACCAAGUCUAUCUUCCAGCAUGGGCUGUUGAAGAAUCCACUCAUCGCGCCGACUCUUCCAAAAGAGAUUGAAGAAUGUGCGGAGAGGGUGCGGUUCGAGGGCACCGAUAAGCCCAGUAUACCGAUCAAUUGGCGCUUUGCCGAGAGUAUUUCCGUCCUCAAGGGCCUGGAGGCUGCGAUGAUCAACGUCCUAGUAAAGAGGAAAUAUGGUGUUGUCGCCCAGGAGGCUGUCAUCAACACCGACCACGCCCAACUCUUCAUCAUGUCUUGCCUUCUCUACACCAUCGAUCCUGGAAACCAGAACAUUACCCCUGCAUCUAUGGCCGAUGCAGAAGCCCGCGCACAGUUCGAGCGGUACUUCAAAAACUGCGACCUGCAUGGCGCUGCCAGCAGCCCGUACCGCACAUCCGCGACGAACAUUUACAAGACCAAAGACGGUAGGUUCUUCCAUUUGCAUGGCAGCAUGAAUCCGGAGCCUACACAGGCCAGUGUGGGACUACCCCCGUACAACAGGGAAAUCACAACUCCCGAGGAAAGCUGGAAACCGUACAUGGAGAAGGUCGGCCAAAUCGAUUCGCAGGAAAUGCAGCGUCUCGCCUCCGAUGAGUACAAGCAAGCGGGCACUAUCUGCUGGACCAUCGACGAGUUCAAAGAUAGCGAACAUGGAAAGGCGAAUGCACAUGUCGGUUUGUAUGAGAUCUUCCCUGUCGAGAACAGCAGAUCAAAGCAGCCUCCGUGCUGGUGGCCAGAAUCCCCAGAGACGUCACCCCGGCGCCCACUCGCAGGUCUCAAGGUCGUAGAUCUAACCCGUGUAAUUGCCGCACCAGCAGUAACGCGCGGUUUGGCGGAGUUGGGAGCCAGUGUCAUGCGCAUAACAGCACCGCACAUCACCGACAUGAGUGCACUGCAUGUGGACUUCAACUGGGGCAAGUGGAACGCUCAUCUUGAUUUCCGCGAGGAGGAAGACCGUGAGAAGCUGCGCGCCUUAGUCCGCGAAGCCGACGUCGUAGUCCAAGGCUACCGCCCCGGUGUGCUGGACAAGUACGGCUUCUCGGUGGACGGGCUCCUCGAACUAACCAAAGACCGUGAACGAGGACUCAUUGUCGUGCGCGAGAAUUGCUAUGGCUGGAACGGACCGUGGUCUUAUAGGAGCGGGUGGCAGCAGAUUUCCGACGCCUGUGUUGGUGUGUCCAUGGAAUUCGGGCGCGCGAUGGGCAACGAUGAGCCCGUCACUCCGGUCUUUCCAAACUCGGAUUACUCCACCGGAGUUGCGGGGGUGAUUGCCAUCCUAGAUGCAAUUCUGAGGAGAGGUGCGGAAGGCGGAUCCUACAAGGUCGAUAUCGCCCUGAAUUAUUACUCGCAAUGGCUAGUAGAUAGCGUCGGCACCUAUCCCCAAGACGUCUGGGAGGACGUCUGGAACUGCAACGGUCGGCAGGUCUUUCGUCACUACCACAACAUGCACUACACGCUUCCACGCUUCCUUGCGAUGCUGAAGCAGAAUGCAGGCGAUGUUGUGUUCAAGCCCGCGUUCUUCGAGAAGCGAUAUUCAGGGGCAAUUGGUAAAGACAUCCUAUGCCCAAAACCUGUGAUCAGGUUUCCCCAAGGACCUGUGGAGUUGAGAUAUAACGUUGGGACGAGGUCGAAUGGAGUAGACCAGGCGAAGUGGCCGGAGAAUUUGAUGACGGAGGUGGUGGCUUAAUGUGUGACGUUGACACGUAUCGGGAUAUGUCUUUGGGCUUGCUUUAUAGCCUCGUUUAACUUACCCUAUGAUAUGGCAUCUCUAUGCUCGUGG